CCGUGUGCCGUAGCUGCUGUUACCCUGCGUGUAUAAAAAGAGCCUCACUGUUCCCCACUACAAUCACUGCACCUCCACAGAGUGUGUGUGUCUCAUCCUCAGCAACAUCCUCCACAGCUCACUAAGAGUCUGAAUCAUGUCUGAUGUAGAAGAAGAAUACGAAGAGCAGGCGGAGGAGGCAGAAGAGGAACAAGAGGAAGAAGAAGCCAUCAGACAGGAGGAUGAAGAGCAGCAGGAAUACACGGAUUAUCAAGAAGAAAACCAGGAAGAAGAGGAGGAACGGCCACGCCCCAAGCCGAUGGCUCCUCAACUCGCUCCUCCGAAGAUCCCUGAAGGAGAGAGAGUCGACUUCGAUGACAUUCACAGGAAGAGGAUGGAGAAAGACCUGUUGGAGUUGCAGACUCUGAUUGAGGCUCACUUUGAGCAGAGGAAGAAGGAGGAGGAGGAGCUGAUUGGACUGAAGGAGCGAAUUGAGAGACGGCGCUCGGAGAGAGCCGAGCAGCAGCGUGUCCGAGCCGAGAAAGAGCGAGACCGACAAACACGCAUCGCUGAAGAACGUCAGAGGAAGGAGGAUGAGGAGGCAAAGAAGAGAGCAGAUGAUGAAGCUAAGAAGAAGAAAGUUUUGUCCAACAUGGGAGCAAAUUUUGGUGGCUUCCUCGCUAAGGCAGAGCAGAGACGAGGGAAGCGUUUGACUGGGAGGGAAAUAAAGCGGAAAACUUUAUCAGAAAGACGAGCAGCUCUCGGCAUUGAAAAUUUGAGAGAGGACGGACUGAGGCAGCGAGCUCAGGAGAUGUGGGAGUGGAUUUAUCAGCUGGAGUCGGAGAAGUUUGACUUCAUGGAUCAGAUGAAGAGGCAGAAAUAUGAGAUUGUGGUUCUGCUAAACAGGAUUUCACACGCCCAAAAGUUCAAAAAGGUCCAUGGAAAGGGAAAAGUCGGAGGUCGCUGGAAAUAAACUGUUUUGUUCUUACAAAGCAGAAGUUAGAAAACGGAUGCAGAGAAAACAGAAAUGAAAUUAGACAAGAAAUGGAAUAAAAAAAACCUCUUCCUCUUCACUCAUUCACAGAAUCUGCACACUCGUCUUUAGAAUAAAAAUAUUCUCUAAUCUUUA